GAGUCCUGUACCCAGAGCGUGUCUGACCCCGUGCUGUCUCCGUCCCUCCGUGUUGCAUCGUUACCAUCACCAUGGCCCCCAAGAAGAAGGAAGAGCCCAAACCAGUAGCUGCACCCAAGCCCCCAGAGCCUGAGCCCCCCAAGGAGCCAGAGUUUAACCCGGCUGAAGUCAAGAUUGAAUUCACUGCUGAGCAGAUUGAGGAUUUCAAGGAUGCGUUCCAACUGUUUGACAGGACGCCAACCAACGAGAUGAAAAUCACCUAUGCUCAGUGUGGUGAUCUGAUCCGGGCUUUGGGUCAGAACCCCACCAACGCUGAAGUUAUGCACGUCUUAGGCAAACCCAAAGCUGAAGAAAUGCAAGUGAAGAUGCUGGAUUUUGAACAGUUCCUGCCCUUGCAUCAACACAUCUGCAAGGCCAAAGACCGCGGCACCUUUGAAGACUUCGUUGAGGGCCUGAGAGUGUUUGACAAAGAGGGCAAUGGAACAGUGAUGGGUGCUGAACUCAGACACGUCCUCGCUACCCUGGGUGAGAAGAUGAAGGAAGAUGAGGUUGAGCAGCUGAUGGCUGGGCAGGAGGAUGCAAACGGCUGUAUAAACUAUGAAGCUUUUGUAAAACACAUCAUGGCUGGCUGAAUGGAUGAUCAAGACACUUCAGUUGAGGAUACAACAUAAUGUUGAUUUUAUUUAAUCGUUGUUCUUUUUUAAAUAAAACUCACACAGGUGUUUCCUGCCAUUACUCCAUUGUCUCCAACUAUCUCUCAAACGUUCCUUUUUGUGUUUGUCCUCAGUCUGUUACGCCUAAAUGGCUCCAUCCUACAUCAUACCUGUCUGUCAAUACAAAAACAACAACAACAAAAAAGUGUAAUAAAUGUCACGAUUGGUUUUAA